AUGUUAAAUUAGGAUGUUGAUUUGAACAUCCAACCGUUCCUUAAUCAAAUUCCUAAGGCCAUCACUCUUACAGAUCAUAGCUUCAGCCUGGAGAAUGACAUGCUUCUUGGAUGGGCUCCAAAAGUUGACUAUAGUAAAUUACUCACACUCAACUUUGCCAAUCACUUAAACGACUCAAUCAUAGCCAAAGCAUUACACAAUAAUCAAUUAGUUUAUCUUGGAUUCAGACCAGAAGACACUGGGCAGAUGCAUAAAUAAUACUCAAAUGGCUCAUCCUAUCCUUUCAAAUAAAUUAAAAUAUUGCAAAGAAAACCCCAAUUACCAUUUCUAGGCAUGAAUCCCAACCUGAGCAGUAGAAUCAUUUUCAAUUCAACUUUUGAGAGUGGUAAUUUAGAUGUUGUAGUCAAGUGUUCUGAAACAGAAUACGAUUUGUAUAUGAGAGUAGAUGGUAACACUAAAGGACAUACCUCAUGGUACAACUUUGAAAUCACAGGAAUGAAGAAAGCUGAAACUAUUCAAUUAAAUGUGUGUAAUUUUCGCAAAUCACGUACUCUUUAUGAAAGAGGAAUGAAACCGUAUUUAUGGAGAUCAACAAAUCCAGAAUGGUUGUAGGGAGGAGAAUAAAUGCAAUAUAAAACUCAUCAUCAUUAACAUUAUAAUUGCUUGUCUUUUAAAUUAGUUUGCAAUGGAGAUAAUGAACUUAUAAAGGUUGCUUAUUGUGUGCCAUAUACAUAUACAUAAUUGCUUGAAUUUUGUUGGAACAUGCAAAAAAACUGUAACCAUGUUGAAAAAACAGUAUUUUGUGAAUCAUUAAGUGGUAUACAAUUACCACUUUACACAUUCAGCAAUGGGAAUAAUUAUUAGAACCAAAAAUGUAUGAUAAUUCAAGCUCGAAUCCACCCUGGUGAAUCGAAUGGUUCUUGGGUUAUGUAAGGAUUAUUAGAAUUCCUGUCUAGUCAGUAGGGAUUGAAACUGAUCAAGAAGUACUGAUUAUUGAUUAUGAAAUAGGUGUGUAAUAAAGGUUGUACCUAUGAUGAAUCCUGAUGGAGUGAUUUUGGGAAACUAUAGAACAGGGAUAGCAGGUAAAGAUUUGAAUCGCAGGUUUAAGUUGACAGAUCAGAUGCUGUUUCCUACAGUAUGGGCAAUGAAAAGAUUAGUGAAAGAGUAGCAUAGUAUAUUUGGGAACAAUCUCAUAGGAUUCAUUGAUCUGCAUGGUCAUUCUGGUAAGAAUAACAAAUAUAUAAGUAAAAAAGAAUGUAUUUCUUUACGGUCCUGAAUAUCCAUUGUGGAAUUACAAUUAUUAUAAGUGUAGAGUGUUAGCUAAACUAUUGGGUUAGAAGACAGAAAUGUUUCGAUACUAUUCUUCAAUAUUCAGAAUAAGUCAAUCGAAGAAGUCAACUGCCAGAGGAGUGUUUUUAGACUUGUAUGACAUAGUAAAUUGUUUUACAAUAGAAUCAUCCAAUGGGAGUUAUUAUAAUUCAACUUAGACCUUUGAAUUUACAUGCAAGCACUGGAUAUAGAUGGGAUGGAUAAUAGGAGAGGCAUUGACUGAAUUAGUUGAGAUGCAAAGUGAGAUGGAUGUCAUAUACAAUCAAAAAAAUGAUGAGACUAAAAGAUCAAAUCGAUAACUAAAAAAUUCAUCAUUCAACAAAAAAAGAAGUUUCACUGGUUAUUAAGAAGAUUAAUGUUAUUAAUAAUUUCAAAAUACUAAGUUUGCUAAUCUAUUUGAUGAACUUAAACAAGAUGCUGAUAAAAUGAACAUAUCAGUAUCAGAGAAAGAAUCUGAUUCAUCUGAUGAUGAUGGAAGUGAAACUUAUUUGGAAGACAUAAAAUAAUAAUUAUUACUGUCAGAAGACUUAACGAAAUCGAGAUACAAAGAAAAACCAAUGAUUUCUAUCUUGCAACCUGUUUCAAAAUCAAAAAUAGAAUAAAGAUUUAGUCCCAGAAUAUAAUAAUAAUAAUAGUAAUCUUCACAAUAAUCCAUUCUGCUCAGCAUUCAAAAAAGUGAAAAGAAGUUUAAUAAUCCUUCCAGAUCUGCCCAGAAUUCAAUCAUCAAAAAAGUCUCAUCUAAUUCAUAAUCCAAAAAGUCUACCAAAAUAACUAAUUACAUCACCAACUUUGCAACUGGACAGAAUUCAGCCACCCUUGUAUUUUAAGAGGAUUACAAUCUUAAUUAAUUCCAACCAUUAUAAUAAUUAAUGCAUACCACUUUAUAGAGACCAUCUACUGCAAACUUGGAAGUCACAGAAGAAGACAUCUAAUUUCCUAUUCAAUCCUUUAAUACAUCAAAUUACAAUGUGUUUAAAUAGCACACUAGAUUACGAAGCAAUAUUACCAUAAACAAGUAAAUUAAGGAUCAAAAAAAGUUGCAAUCCAAAUCCCAUCAAACAACACCUCCUUUAUUACAAUAGAUGGGUAUCAAUGUGAAGAAUAAAUUAAAUACCUAAACUAAUUUGGAACAACUAGGAUUGAAAGUCAAACCAUAGCAUUUCUUGGCUCCAAAGAAAUCAGAAGAACCACUAAUAACGGAUCUAUCUAAAAACAUUAAUAGUAUUAUAGAGUCUUAAAAAUCGACCAGACCUCCUAAACCUAAUGUGCCUCCAUCCUUCUACUCUGUAAAAAGGCAUAUGAUGCUUCGACUGAAAAAUUGA